CAUCUCACUACACCAUCAUUCACUUGGAACAAAAACCACUCCCCGUCGUCUGCUGCAACAAUCGUGUGAUCGAUCGUUAGGGAACAAGAAAUGGCUGGAGCCUACGCCCGCGCGGCGUUCGUGCUCGCGCUCGGCUGCGCGCUGGCGGCCGUGGCCGCCGGCCAGGAGUGGCUCCGGGCGCACGCCACGUUCUACGGCGGCGCCGACGCCUCCGGCACCAUGGGUGGCGCGUGCGGGUACGGGAACCUGUACGCGCAGGGCUACGGCACGCGGACGACGGCGCUGAGCACGGCGCUCUUCGGCGACGGCGCGUCCUGCGGGCAGUGCUACAAGCUGGUGUGCGACCGCAAGACGGACCGGACGUGGUGCAAGCCCGGGGUGUCGGUCACCGUCACGGCCACCAACUUCUGCCCGCCCAAUUGGAGCAUCCCCAGCGACCGGGGCGGCUGGUGCAACCCGCCCCGGCCCCACUUCGACAUGGCGCAGCCGGCGUGGGAGAAGAUCGGCGUCUACCGCGGCGGCAUCAUCCCGGUGAUCUACAAGCGGGUGUCAUGCGUGAAGAAGGGCGGGGUGCGCUUCGCCGUCAACGGGCACGACUACUUCAACCUCGUGCUCGUGACCAACGUCGCGGGCCCCGGGUCGAUCAGGGCCAUGGACGUCAGGGGGUCGCGGUCGCCGGACUGGAUGCCCAUGGCGCGCAACUGGGGAGCUAACUGGCACUCGCUGACCUACCUCACCGGCCAGGGGCUGUCGUUCAGGGUGACGGUCACCGACGGCCAGACCAUCGUCUUCGCCAACGUCGUGCCGCCCAACUGGAGGUUCGGACAGUCCUUCGCAAGCAACCUGCAGUUCAAGCUCUGAGCAUUAUUGAGUAAUGCGUGCUAGCUGCUUGAUUUCUGGGAUCUCCAAUUAAGUUGCUUGGUAGGAUGCAUGCUGCAUAUCUCGAUUUGUUGGAAGACCAUGCCAUUUCUAUAGGAACUUGUUACCUGGUUCAAAUUCGAUCAAAAGAGACUUGUUGAUUCCUUGCGCUUGUAUGUGUGGUGUACAUAAAGAGAUUUAAUGAUUUCAUAAAACU